AGAGCUCUUUUCAUAUGACGGCUUUUAUUAGAUCAGAUCAGGUGAAGUGAAUCCUUGUGGUUUUUCAAUUAAAAAUUCAACAGUGAGGUUGUGGGGUACAAAAUUAGGCAAAUUUUGUACACAUUUUACCAGAAUUUGCAUUAUUUUUGCAUAUACAAAUUUUCUGGUAUGGGUAAGCCACUCAUGCACUCACGCGCUUCUGUAACUGGAGCAGUACUUUUAACUGUAAUUUGUCUCCAAUUUGGUGGCUGUAUAGCUCAGCUCUGUAAUUUGAACGAUGUCCAAUCCACUGCGGGGUCUUGCACGCCGAUUAAAUCUUGUCGAUACGCGAUCGGACAGCUUUACGCUGGUGCAACGGUUAAGCGAUGUCCUUCCGGAGGUGAUCUAAUCUGCUGUCCGACAGAGUUGACCCUGUCGCAGAAAAAAUGUGAUGAAUACAAGGAAAUCUUAAAAAGUCCCAAAACCUUUGGCCAGUCGAGGUUCGAACAAGCCCACUGCGCGUUUCAGGGGUCCCCCGCAUUCAUCGUGGGGGGCAGAGAUGCACACGAGUUUGAGUUUCCACAUGCUGUCGGUCUUGGGUAUGGAAGUAGUAGCGAAAACUUGCAAUUCUUAUGCGGAGCUACGCUAAUAAGUGACUCGUACCUCUUAACUGCGGCGCAUUGUCUCAACAAUCAGAAACAUGGAUCCCCCCGUUGGGCAGUUAUCGGCGACGUGACGCUGAAACAAUCGACUUCCGUUUAUCGGAAGAAAGUUCGUAUUACGGAUUGGGUUUUACAUCCAAAUUACGCACCACCAAAAAUUUAUGACGAUAUCGCGUUGUUAAAACUUGGCGAGAAAGUGGAACUUAGUCGUUACCUUCUCCCAGCAUGUCUAGGCGAUCCUAUAAUUACGCCAAAAAAUGAUGGAAAUGUGCAAGCCAUUGGGUGGGGUCAGACCGGAGUGGGGGAGAGUCAAGCUGAAAAUUUACAAGCUGUCAAUCUCUCCGUGAUUGCUACAAAGAGAUGUAACCAAGAUUUUGCGGAGGAUUCUAAUAAGCCCUUCAGAUAUCCCGAAGGUUUCAGAAAGUCUCAAUUUUGUGCUGGUGAUACGUCCCAGCCUGACGGGACAGUGGGGAAGGAUACAUGCAAUGGAGACAGUGGGGGCGGGGUGGUUGUAAACCCUGAAGUUCACUGUCUCUUUCAUGUCGUGGGGAUAACCUCGCUGGGGUCAAAAUAUUGUGGUUAUGGAGAGCCUGCCGUGUAUACAAAGGUCGCCGCGUAUGUGGACUGGAUUGAGCGAACGAUUUGGUGAUAGUAGUGUGCAAAAAAAUUGUUCCAAAUUUUCUAAUGCAAAAAUUGUAAAAGAUGUGAAAUGAAAAGAGAGAUGAUGCAAAAAAUGUAUAAACUGGUAGAUCAAAACUCCAAAGAUUUUUGUUAUUAAAAUCAUCGUACUACAUUAUAAUAGAUGUAAAAUGCAAUACAAUUUAUGUAUUAGUUAAUAACAAAAGUUACGUAAUUUUAUAAAAUUUAAUUUUAAACUGAAAAUUUAUGAAAACUAAUAAAAAAGAGACUGAAUAACUAA